UGGAGGGUUCAAGCAUGGGCAGCUGUUGGGUUGUGUUAGCCUUCUGCUGCUUGGGACAGUUGUGUGCAGAUCAAAGCCUGAAGCCUCGGAUUGCAGCCCCUCAGUUUGCUACAAACAAUCCCACUCUUACUACAGUUGCUCUAGAAAAACCUUUCUGUAUCUUUGACAGUUCACUGCGUCCAAAUAAAUCUUAUGUCAUCUACUUGUAUGCAAUGAAGGAAUUGGCAAGUGCAAUAAGCUCCCUGGUGACCAACAACAGCAGCAAACCACUCAACAGCACCUUCCAACAAACAAGUGGGGGGCAGCUUGGACCUUACAGAGCUGCCUUGUUCAAUGUACCCAAUUGUGCAUCGCCUCCCAAACUUGCUGAUGUAGGAGAUGUCAACAAAGUUUCUGAUGUCCUGAAACAAUACCUCUUCAGAGUUGGGGAUGAUGUGACUUGUUUGUAUGACCCAAACUUCCUAGCUGUCUGUAACCCACCUCUUGCACCAGACACAACAUACAGGUUUAAAUAUGUGUUGCUAGAUAGCACUGAAGGUAUCAUGAAAGACCAAACUCUCUGGUCUGAUCCAAUCAAAACCAGAAGAGUUAAACUUCCCUUGAAAAUUGACACCUGGCCUGGUCGAAGGAGUGGAGACAUGAUUGUCAUUUCAUCGAUCCUAAGUGUUCUCGUGUUUCUUCUGCUUGCUGGCUUUCUUGCUUCUGUGUCUGCUGCUGUCAUGGGAUCAGAAAAGUCUUCUGCAGAGACAAGAGGCAUGUCUCAGACCAUUCAACAAAGUGAACAGAGACCACAGUUGAGCUCUGAGUGA